UUCCCCCCCUUUUUUUUAAUUCCUAUGGCUUCUUCUUCUUCCUCUAGUGUGUCAUGCGGUGGCGGUGGCAGUGGCGGUGGCGGUGGUAGUGGCGGGUCGCCUUGUGGAGCAUGCAAGUUUCUAAGGAGAAAAUGUGUGGCUGAUUGUAUAUUUGCUCCUUACUUUUGCUCAGAGCAAGGGGCUGCAAGAUUUGCUGCCAUUCAUAAAGUGUUUGGUGCAAGUAAUGUUUCAAAGUUGUUGCUUCAUGUUCCUGUUCAUGAUCGAUGUGAAGCUGUUGUUACUAUUGCUUAUGAAGCUCAAGCAAGGAUUCAUGAUCCUGUUUAUGGUUGUGUUGCUCAUAUUUUUGCUCUCCAACAACAGGUGAAUAUCAUUUUCUCUUUUGUUAUUUCUUUAAUUGCUUUAAUCAUCGCUUUUUAG